AUGGCUACUUCCAGGCUUUCUUGUUUGACCAGAUUGCGGCCAGGAUAUCGCACUCCGACAUUUCUUGUUCAUAGACUCAAUUUCGCAAGUCAGACGCCCCGUUUAUGGAGUGGGGGCGACUUCAAAUACAGAAAGGAUGAUGAGGUUGAAUACACUGAACAACAUGUCAAGAGAUGGAAGUCUUGGAUGGGCGACGAGUAUGCGAAGUAUAAGAACGAUGAACUGAUCGCUUGGCGCAGACCCUUCGAUGAGUUGUCUAAAGGAGGGCUUAUUAAUGUAAACAACUUUAUGAAAAUAGUCAAGAAUAAGGUCGGAAGCACGGUGCCUCCCAAGUCCCUCCAUACCUACGCUAUGAAGCUUUGGCGAGAGUGGGAUGAGGAUCAGUCUAAUUUCAUCGACUUCGCUGAGUUCAUCCACCACAUGAAGAUCUUCGACAUGCAUCUGUUGAAGAGUGCUCUACGUGAAGAGUCGAAAGCAGCCGACACGUUUGAGACUUAUAAGAACCCCAACAGUGGAAAGCUGGAUGAAGACGGAUUGUUCGAGAUUAUGGUGGCCAACAACUUCCUCGUUACCACUACCACCGAUGCUGAGAACAUACUGGCUCAAGUAGGAGACGGCAAAUCUUUAUCGAAAGAAGAAUUCCUUCGAUGGAUCAAUGAAGAUUGA